CUGAACAGUUCACGUGUGUUUAAGAUACACCGUCACAUUAAACACCUAUCAUACCGAACCGGACCGCCGACUUCAUCACGUCUCCACCAUGAUCCAAACUGUGUUUACUGUAGUUCUCGCCCUUGUGGCACUCUCAUUUGUUGAAGGCCAGGGCAAUCCUGAGAUGAGACCAGCUCAAACAUCUCCGUCACUCGGAGGAACCGGAGGAGCUGGUGGGAUUGUGGUACCCAUCACAGCACCAAGUGGCAUGCCGACGACAGCCAGUCAGCCCGCUCAGAUGCCCCAGCCACCACCCUACGAUAUUUUCGACUGGCUUUUUAACGACUUGAAUUACAAUAACGGCCCUGACUAUAAUGUCGCCUCCAGUAACAACCAAGUCGUCAAUAACAACAACGUCAACAACAACAACAACGCUAUGACAAACGACAUGAUGAUGGCGAUGAUGCUUGGAUUCGAUUUCGGAUUUUGAUUUCGUAAAAUUUGUAACUUUGUAUACUGUAAACUGUGUUUACCGUUUAUUUGGAUUCUCAGGAACGCCACACUAACACAUGUUUCACCAUCAUAAAUUCAUUAUGAGUUCAAUAGAAUUUGCAGGGGAAUUGUGUUUAAACAUUUCUUGAUCAUGGAUUGUUAAAACAACACUUGUCGCCUAACUUAACACAGUGGCGGUCAUGACUUUAUAUGCAUUGUGAUGUUUCAUCCAAUCUCUUUCAUAAGUAUAAUGUUAUUAAUUUGUUUUCUAAUAAAAGGUUUGAUGACGUA